UCGUCGUAUCGUCAAACCAAAACAAAUCGAUUUUUUAAAUCUCUCCAGGGUGCAAAACUUCAGCAUAACGCUACAAUAAGGCAACAUCGCAACGUUUAAAGCCGACAAAUACCGAUCAUUAUGAUCAUUUCGAGGUUCGAGUUCUGUUAAAGUCGUUUUGUUAGGGACCGUUGUUUGCCUCGUUAGUAUUUUCUGAAGUGUACUUAAUAAAUACUGUGAUACAACUUUACCAUGGAUACAGGGGUAGGCGUCUCGAAAAAUCCAAACCCUGUGGAGAAUGCAAAUCCUUUGUCCGUUAUCACUUUUUCGUAUAUGUUUCCUAUAUUCAGAAAAACCUUCAAGGAACAGUUAACGGAAGACGAUCUGUUCAGACCCUUGAAGGAAUAUAAGUCUAGCGAGAUAGGAUCAAGGUUGGAAAGAAUAUGGAAAGAAGAAUACAGGAUACAUAAAAAGACAGCCCUAUACAGGGCAAUAUUUAGGUUAUUCGGUUUCAAAUUCGCCCUGUACGGAUUCUUGAGAUUACUUAACGAACUUAUGUUAAUAGUUGUAAUGCCUUUAUGUAUAGGAAAACUAGUUUCAUUUUUUGAUGUAGACCAAAAGACAAUAUCACAAAACGAAGCCCUCUCGUAUGCAGGCUGUUUAGUACUGUGCCUACUAGUGGAUGCCUUCGUUGGCCAUCCCACCCUCAUGGGGUUGCAACACUUGGCAAUGAAGAUAAGAGUGUCUUGCAGUUCUUUAGUGUAUCGAAAAAUUCUAAGAUUCAGUAGGACUGCUUUAGGUAAUACAACUGUCGGUCAAUUAGUAAAUUUGUUAUCCAAUGACGUCAGUAAAUUUGAUCAGAUGUUUGGUUUGGUUCAUUACGUGUGGAUUGGACCGAUACAAGUUGGUUUGGGUACUUGGUUGCUGUAUAAAGAAAUUGGAAUAAGUGCAUUUUUUGGUGUGGCUUUCUUGGUAUCCUUUGUACCAAUACAAAUUUGGUUAGCAAAGAGAGCAUCUGUGUUGAGACUACGGACUGCUCUGAGGACGGAUGAAAGAGUUCGUUUGAUGAACGAAAUAAUUUCAGGCAUACAAGUUAUCAAAAUGUACUGCUGGGAGAAGUCGUUUGAAAAACUAAUAGCAUUUGCCAGAAGGACAGAAAUGAAAGCUAUUCGAUCCCGUUCAGUCUUGCUUGGAAUAAUAUAUUCCUUUGAAAUCUUUAUUUCAAGGACGUCAAUCUUCAUAAGUAUCCUGGGAUAUGUUCUCCUUGGAAACUACAUCAGUGCCGAGAAAGUGUUCGCUAUUACAGCUAUCUAUAACUGUUUACGACCGACAAUUACUAUACUAUUCUCCCUGAGCGUCUCGUCUUUGGCAGAAAUGAGUAUAUCCAUCUCACGACUACAAGGUUUACUGUAUCUUGAUGAGAAAGAAGAGGAUACUUCAACGCUAGGGAAAAAAGGAAAGGAAUUUAACUCAAAAAGAGUGAAUUCUCCAGAACUCAACUCAAAAACCUCAAACGGAAUGAAGAAUGGCAUACUUGAACCAGUGAUGGAAACAUACCAGAAAAGUAACACGCCAAAGAUAAUGCUAGAGAAAGUGUGCGCAAAAUGGAAUAAAGAAUCAACGGAAGAUACUCUAAGCAACAUCACUUUUAGCAUAACCUCCAGUAAACUUCUAGCUAUUGUAGGACCUGUAGGGAGCGGGAAAAGCAGUAUUUUGAACCUCAUUCUGAAAGAGUUGCCGGUGAAGUCAGGUAAACUUAAAAUUUUGGGAAAAAUUUCAUAUGCAUCUCAGGAUCCAUGGCUGUUUGCCGCAAGUGUCAGACAAAACAUUCUUUUUGGGGAAGAAUUCGAUCAAGAACGUUAUGAAAGAGUGGUUGAUGUCUGUGCAUUGAGCUCUGACUUCGAUUUACUUCCCUAUGGUGACAAAACGCUGGUGGGAGAGAAAGGUAAAACUCUCAGUGGUGGCCAGAAGGCCAGAAUCAACUUAGCAAGGUGUAUAUAUAGACUAGCUGAUAUUUACCUAUUGGAUGAUCCUCUUUCGGCGGUGGAUGCUAAUGUCGGUAAACACUUGUACGAACGAUGCAUCAGAGAAUUUCUAGCCAAUAAAAUCUGUGUCUUGGUAACCCAUCAGCUGCAGUAUCUCAAGGAGGUAGACAACAUCAUUAUUAUGGAGGAUGGCGAGGUUCAGAUGGAAGGAACGUAUCAAGAACUGCAAAAAAGCGGGCUAGAUUUCACGAAGAUUAUGGAGGACUUUCAGGGUGAAGAGGUUGAUGAGAAAGAGAAAAAGAAAAAGGUUAGAUCUAGACAGAAUACUAUUGGCGAAGAGGACGACAGCGAUGAUGAGGAACAAAGUCUUGAGAAAGAAACCAUGGAAAGCGGCAGUAUCAAAGGUGCAACUUAUUGGGCUUACUUGAAAGCAGGCGGUGGAAAGUUAUCUAUAUCAUUUUUGAUAUUCCUAUUUAUAGCUUGCCAGGUGGUUGCUAAUGGAGGAGAAUAUUAUGUGACCUACUGGGUGAAUCUGGAACAAGAUUUCGCAGAGAAAGUUGCCAAAAAUCAAACCAAUGCCAAUGAAACCUUAGACCGUGAUUCAAUCAUAUACUACUAUUCUGCAAUCACUGUAGGAACAAUAGCCAUUGCAUUAAUUAAAUCCAUCUUUUUCAUGGUAUUUUUUUCUGUGGCUUCAAGAAACUUACACGACUACAUAUUCUCGAGAAUAAUAAAGGCCACUAUGCGAUUCUACAACAACAACCCAUCAGGAAGAAUCCUGAAUAGAUUUUCGAAAGAUUUAGGAACUGUCGAUGAGUAUAUUCCAUCUGUUAUCCUAGAUGUCAUGGAGAUUUUUCUUCUACUUCUUGGGGUAAUUGUUUUAUCGUCCAUCGUGAAUGCCUGGCUGUUGCUGCCCUCAUUAUUUUUAAUUAUCCUGUUCUACUUCAUAAGAGUAGUUUACAUAGAGACAAGUAGAGCUGUGAAGAGGAUCGAGGCAAUAACCAAAAGUCCCAUUUUCAGCCAUAUGACAGCAACAAUACAUGGUUUGGGCACCAUAAGAGCGUUUGCUGCGCAGGAUAUGCUCGUAAAAGAGUUCGAUAAUUAUCAAGAUAUGCACAGUUCCGCAUGGUUUUUGUAUAUGGCCUCAAGCAGAUGCUUUGGUCUUUGGCUGGACUUGAUUUGUAUAACCUUCAUUGCAGUCGCCACUUUCUUUCUUUUACUCUUCGGUGAAGCUAUCCACGGAGGUGACUUGGGUCUGGUAAUCACGCAGUAUAUAGGCCUAAUCGGUUCUCUACAAUGGGGUAUGAGACAAUGGAGUGAAAUGGAAAACAACAUGACAUCAGUGGAACGAAUAUUGGAAUACACAAAACUAGAAAGUGAACCCGAAAGAGCAGAAAUCAAAGACCUACCCAAAAAUUGGCCAGAAAAGGGUCAAAUUGAAUUCAAGAAUGUGUACUUGAAAUAUAGUGAAGCUGAUCCUCCCGUCCUCAAAAAUUUAAAUUUCAUAAUUAAGCCAAAAGAAAAAAUUGGAAUAGUAGGGCGAACUGGUGCAGGAAAGUCGUCAACAAUUACAGCUCUGUUUCAGCUAUAUCCUGUAGAGGGUUCUAUAAAGAUAGAUGAUGUAGACACCACCAAGAUGCCUUUGGAUCAAGUUAGGUCGCAGAUAGCAAUUAUCCCACAAGAACCAGUUUUGUUUUCAGGUUCGAUGAGGAAAAACCUGGAUCCAUUCGACCAAUACUCUGACGACGUAUUAUGGGAUGCACUAGAUCAAGUUGAAUUGAAGGAAGAAAUAGCUGAACUUCCAGCCGGUCUGAAUACAAAAGUAUCCGAAGGUGGCACCAACUUCAGCGUCGGUCAGAGGCAACUGGUCUGUUUAGCUAGAGCAAUCAUCAGAAACAAUAAAAUAUUGGUUCUAGAUGAAGCUACUGCCAAUGUUGAUCCUCAUACCGAUGCACUCAUCCAGAAUACGUUGAGAGAAAAGUUCGUUGAUUGUUCGGUUUUCACAAUUGCACAUAGAUUACAUACAGUUAUGGACUCUGAUAAAAUAUUGGUGAUGAACGCAGGCACUGUGGAGGAAUAUGAUCACCCCUACAUUUUAUUGCAAAAUGAAAAUGGAGUUUUACGCAGCCUCGUUGAGGCAACUGGAUAUUCAACAUCAAAGCAUUUGGAAAGUAUUGCAGAAGAGAAUUAUUUGAAGAAGAAAAACGAAUAAAGAAAGUUUCCACACUUGAAUCAAUAGAAUACAAUUCCAUUAUAUCUCUAUGCCAUUUAGACUGUGAUUUGAUAGAAUAUGUACCCUUAUUAUUUACUCCAGUAUUUUCUAUGAUUUAAAUAAAGUGAAAUUGAAGAUUA